GGAAUAGCUUCCCGCUGCCAGGGUCGUGUCGAAUCGGCUUAUUCUGGUAUAAGAGCCAAACUUUAAAAAAAAAAUUUUUUUUUUUUGAAGUAUGCUCCUUUAAGGCCUAUGAUCGUUUUUUAGCUUGUUCUAAAACCUGUUGGUUGUCAAAGUGGCGCGUAGGACAAUGGCUCCCUUAGCGCUUCUAGCACGCUGUCCCGGAAGCCCUUCCGUGUUGAAUCUGGCGCCGCGAAUGUCCAGGCUCGGCUGCGGCGAGGGGACCUGGGAGGGGCGGGGAGGCUGGGGACAGCAGUUCAAUUACGUGCCUGGGGAUCGCGGCGGUCUGGACUUUGGCGUUUGGACGUAUGCUUAAAGAAGACAAAAGCGUGGCUGGCGUGCAGUGGGGCUGACGGAGGGUGAGGCCCAGGCCGCGCUUUCCAACCCGAGGCGCGUAGACGCUUCCUCUCGCUCAGCGGCCGGACCGUCCCUUGCGCCCGCGGCCGCCUCCGCAGCCCGGGGAACAUGGCGGCGCCCGGGGCCCGGGGCGGCAGCCUCUCCGGCCUGCUGCCCGCGCAGACGUCGCUGGAGUACGCGCUGCUCGACGCCGUCACCCAGCAGGAGAAGGACAGCCUGGUCUACCAGUAUCUGCAGAAGGUGGACGGCUGGGAGCAGGACCUGUCGGUGCCCGAGUUUCCGGAAGGAUUAGAAUGGCUAAACACAGAAGAGCCUAUUUCUGUCUAUAAGGAUCUAUGUGGAAAGGUGGUCGUCCUUGAUUUCUUCACCUACUGCUGCAUAAACUGUAUCCACCUGUUUCCUGAUCUCCAUGCAUUAGAACACGCAUACUCUGAUAAAGAUGGUCUUCUGGUUAUUGGUGUUCAUUCAGCUAAGUUUCCAAAUGAAAAAGUCCUGGAUAACAUUAAGAGUGCUGUUCUGCGGUACAAUAUCACCCAUCCUGUGGUUAACGAUGCAGACGCCAGCCUUUGGCAAGAGCUAGAAGUUUCUUGUUGGCCAACGUUGGUCAUACUUGGACCCCGUGGAAACAUGUUGUUUUCUUUGAUUGGAGAGGGACACAAAGAUAAAUUAUUUUUAUAUACUUCAAUAGCUUUAAAGUAUUACAAAGACAGAGGACAGAUCAAAGAUAAUAAAAUUGGAAUAAAACUCUAUAAAGAUUCUUUGCCACCUUCACCAUUGCUGUUUCCUGGCAAAGUAACAGUAGACCAUGCUACUAACAGAGUGGUAAUAGCAGACACUGGACAUCAUAGAAUUUUGGUUGUUGGGAAGAAUGGACAAAUCCAAUACAGCAUCGGAGGACCUAAUCCUGGAAGAAAAGAUGGAAUAUUUUCAGAGUCAACUUUUAAUUCUCCACAGGGUGUAGCCAUAAUGGAUAAUAUCAUAUAUGUGGCAGACACUGAAAACCACCUUAUAAGGAAGAUUGACCUAGAAGCUGAGAAUGUGAGCACUGUAGCUGGCAUUGGAAUUCAAGGUACAGAUACAGAAGGUGGAGCAAAUGGAGAACAGCAACCCAUUAGUUCCCCGUGGGAUGUAGUUUUUGGAACAUCAGGUUCAGAAGCGGAAAGAAGUGAUAUUCUAUGGAUAGCCAUGGCAGGAACUCAUCAGAUAUGGGCACUCCUAUUGGACUCUUGCAAACUGCCGAAGAAAAAUGAGUUAAAAAAAGGAACUUGCCUUCGGUUUGCUGGAAGUGGAAAUGAAGAGAAUCGAAACAAUGCAUAUCCUCACAAGGCAGGCUUUGCCCAACCUUCAGGUCUUUCUCUGGCUUCUGAAGAUCCCUGGAGCUGCCUAUUUGUAGCAGAUAGUGAGAGCAGUACAGUGAGAACCGUCUCCCUGAAAGAUGGAGCAGUGAAGCAUCUUGUUGGAGGAGAAAGAGAUCCCAUGAAUUUAUUUGCUUUUGGAGAUAUUGAUGGAGUAGGAAUCAGUGCAAAGCUUCAGCACCCACUUGGAGUAACAUGGGACAAGAAGAGAAAUUUACUUUAUGUGGCAGACUCCUAUAAUCACAAGAUUAAAGUUGUGGAUCCACAAACAAAAAACUGUACGACGUUAGCAGGAACUGGAGACGCAAAUCAUGUUAUCAGUUCCAGUUUUACUGAGUCAACCUUUAACGAACCAGGAGGAUUGUGUAUCGCAGAGAAUGGUCGCUUAUUGUAUGUAGCAGACACCAAUAAUCACCAAAUUAAAGUGAUGGAUUUAGAAACAAAAGUUAUUUCUGUGCUCCCCAUCUUCAGAUUAGAAAAUGCUGUGGUAGAUGGCCCACACCUCGUAGAAAAACAGAAGACAUUACCCAAAUUGCCCAAGUCUGCACCAAGUAUUCCACUUGCCCCAGUGGCUGCACGUCCUGGCCAGACUCUGCAAUUCAAGCUGAGACUAGACCUCCCGUCAGGAACGAAGCUGACUGAAGGAGUACCCAGCUGUUGGUUUAUAACUGCUGAAGGCAAUGAAUGGCUUCUUCAAGGACAGAUACCAUCUGGUGACAUAGAGAACAUUUCCAGCCAACCAACAAUUUCACUUCAGAUUCCUGGCAAUUGCUUAUCACUUGAAGCCGUGAUAUCUAUCAGUGUGUUUCUAUAUUACUGUAGUGCAGACAGCAGUGCCUGCAUGAUGAAGGCAGCUUUGUUCAGUCAGCCUUUACAAAUAACUGAUACGCAGCACAAUCACAUAGCCCCAAUAGAGCUCAGCUUUGUACUUUAGCCAGCCAGCUAGCACCUCGCCACCUUGGCCCCCGGUUCUCCAACCUUACUAUGACUGUAACUUAUGAAACAAAAUUAUUUCUGAUUCUGGAUACAAACACACCCAUUCAUCUGCUAUUAAAAUAAACCUAUGCUCCUUAUUAUUUUUAGUAUAAACAAAUUCCUUCCUUCUGGCUCUAUAUUAGCUAAGUCAUUGACCAUGAUUUGAUACUAUGAUCGAUUAUGUUAUUUGGCAUAAAUAAGACUGAAGUUCACACUAUAAUAGAGAAUUUUACCAUAAGAAAACUUAGAGUGAUGAUGAUAAUACCACAUAUUUUAACUAACUUUUUCUAUCUUUAUUAAUAGCAGUCAGCAUAUUCAAGUGUAAAUUUCACAGUAACUUCAGACAGAAACUUAAGCUUCAAUUCACAUGUUUGCAAAGAGACACCUGCCAUUCAUGGCACAUGUUCUGUUUAAGCCUAAAAAAAAAAAAAAUUUAUCACAGUAGAAGCCUAGAGAAUAUGUAAGUGGUAAAUAUCUUUCUUCCAUGACUUUCUGAGUUGAGAUAUUUUUAAAACAGAGUUUUGAUCUAUUUUUAUUAUAAAUUAUUUGUUGUUUUACCAUACUGUGAUAAAUGCCUUAUAACUUUAUACAGAAAAAGUUGAACAUAAAAUUUCUGAGGUCAUAUAGACCCUGUCUUUUAGCUAUUUUUCUGAAUGAACAUUCUUACCAGAUAUUGAAUGAGUGCCCAGAAAUGUUUGCUAUCCAAAGAGAAAGGUAGACUUAGGGACACAUUAUUACUACCUGAUAAAGAAUUUAUUGUAAUGGCUGAAUCUGAUAUAAUGGGUAUUUUUUUUUUUGUAAAUUUUCAUUUCAUUUGUAAGCAUUGACUGAAUAUUUGUUGAGUUUUGAUUUUAUCUUUAGUUUUUCAGUUCUUAUAUUCCAAAUUUAAAUUUGAUCAACUUAUUGACAUGUUUUUAAAACCACUUCUAAGCUUCAAAGUGAAAUGUUCGGUGUAAAGUACUUUUCAUGCUAUUAAUACAUACAGUAUAUCCUAAUGUUACUCUAAAAUAAUGAGGCCGAAACAUACAGGUAUUUGAUGACAGAUUUUUGUUUUGUUUUGUUUUGUUUUUUUUAGGUUUUUUAAUCCCAAAAGAAACAGCCACUGAAGAUAUUAGAGUGGUUUUUUUU